GGAUUGGAGCUAUCCCUUGGAGGUGGCAAGGCCCCAGAAGGAUUCAAAUGUUCAUUUGGAAGGCUGUUGGGAAUCAUCUGCUGACCAAUGUCAAAAGGGAGCGAAGAGGCCUAACGUUGGACAAUCUUUGCAACUUCUGUCGUUUGGAACCAGAGGACACUACGCAUGUGAUGAGGGACUGUGUUUGGAGUAGGGGAAUUUGAGAGCGAAUUGUGGAUGGAGAACAAUUGUCUGAUUUCUUUGCCUUAGAGGGUAAACUGUGGUUCGAGCAUAACCUUAAGCCCUUCUUGUCAUACUCUUCCCAAAGGGACUGGAGCUUGUUUUUUGGGAUCCUUUGUUGGUUAAUUUGGAAAAGCCAGGAAUGAAUGGAUUUUUGAGAAUAAACAAGCGAAUCAUGUUGCAAUCAUUAGACAAGCAAAUUUGUUUGUGUCGAACUUCAAGGAGGCUUGGGCAGCCCCGGGGCCGACAGGAUGUUUAAAGGAGGAAUAAGGAGGAGCUACAAAUUGCUUGGAAGUUUCCACCUCAAGGCUGGGUUAAACUGAACUCAGAUGGGUCUAGCAGCUUGGGUGGAUCUCUGUGUAGCUGUGGAGGUGUCAUUAAAGAUGAAGCAGGUUUUUGGAGGGGAGGGUCUUGUAGGAAGUUGGGAAUUGGCUCAUCACUGCGUGCUGAGAUUUGGGGUAUUCUUAAUGGCCUCCACGUUGCUUGGGACAUGGGCUUUAGAAAGGUUUGGAUAGAAAAUGACUCUGAUGUUGCAAUUAGGCUGAUUGAAGGUAAUUGUGCAAACUGCCAUCCGCUGGCUCCUCUAAUUACUCAAAUUCAGGUUAUGCUUUGCAAGCAAUGGCAAACCAGGAUCAACCACAUCUUUAAAGAAGGAAAUUCUGUUGCAGAUGCUCUGGCAGCCAAAGGGGUAUGCAUAAGAUUGUGCAAAGGGGACGAUUCUUGAAUCGUCGACCAGUUCUUUUGGAAAAAUCGCAACUUAUUACUGGGUUCUCAAGCUACGGUGCUACUGAUGCAAUCCUAAAAUUUUCUUCUGCUGAAAUGGAUAAAGCUCAUGGGGUUGAAUCUCUUGAUUUUCGGGAAAGUACAAAGACAAGAGAACUUAAAAAUGCAUUUGACAAAUACAAUAUAAAAGGCUUGUCUCGACGCCUGAACUGGACUUGGCCAAAUGAUAAUCAUCAUGCUACCUGGUAUGUGGUAAAUCGUCAUUUUACAUCUGAUCGCAAUGACAGAAGCACAAAGCAGUUCUCAAGUAAGCUUCUUCAAAGUAUUCCAGACUUUGUGAAGAUAGUGGAGGUUGGUCCAAGGGAUGGAUUGCAAAAUGAGAAAGCUAUUGUUCCUGCUGAUGUAAAAGUUGAGUUGAUAAAAAUGCUAGUUUCUUCUGGGUUGUCUGUUGUCGAGGCGACAAGUUUUGUCUCACCAAAAUGGGUACCACAGUUGGCAGAUGCAAAGGAUGUACUGGCAGCAAUUCAAAACGUUGAAGGUGCUAGCUUUCCAGUCUUAACUCCAAACCUCAAAGGUUUUGAGGCAGCUGUUGCUGCUGGAGCUAAGGAAGUGGCUGUUUUUCCUGCAGCUUCUGAAUCGUUCUCUAAAGCAAAUCUCAAUUGUGGCAUUGAGGAUAAUCUUGCUCGUUGCCGUGAUAUUGCUUUAGCUUCUAGAAGCCUCUCAAUCCCAGUUCGUGGAUAUAUAUCAUGCGUUGUGGGAUGUCCUCUGGAAGGAAAUGUUGCUCCAGCGAAAGUAGCAUACGUGGCAAAAUCACUUCAUGAGAUGGGCUGCUCAGAGAUUUCACUUGGGGAUACAAUUGGUGUUGGUACACCUGGUACUGUCAUUCCAAUGCUUGAAGCUGUUCUUGAUGUUGUUCCAAUUGACAAGCUUGCUGUCCACUUUCACGAUACUUAUGGUCAGGCACUUUCAAACACUCUGAUUUCACUUCAGAUGGGGAUCAGCACAGUUGAUUCAUCCGUCUCUGGUCUUGGAGGUUGUCCAUAUGCCAAGGGUGCUACUGGGAAUGUUGCCACUGAGGAUGUUGUUUACAUGCUGAAUGGGCUUGGAGUGAAAACCAAUGUGGACCUUGGAAAGCUUAUGCUGGCUGGGGAUUUCAUUUGCAAGCAUUUAGGACGAGCAUCUGGUUCAAAAGCAGCAACUGCCUUGAGUAAAGUUACAACUCAUGCCUCCAAACUGUGAGUUACUAAAGCUUGAUCAUGCAUCUGCAUGAUAGGUAGAUUGUUUUACCAACUGCAUUUUUCGUUUCCAUAAUUUGUUAUGACUACAGAGAUUAUGUGUAUGUUGGUGUUCCCCCUCCUGUGGGCCAUGCCUUUAGACAACACACUGAGAAAGAGAGAGCCAGCAAACACAUGCUUAAUGCUUUUCAGUUUGCUUGUUUUAUGAGUUAGUUGAGUCUCUUUGAUUAGAGACAUCAAAUGUUGAAAAUGUAAUCGGGAAUGAAAUUAUGAAAGAUGCUGAGUACGUCUAAUUUCAACAGCAUUGUCAUC